CUUUAGCGCCCCCUUCCUCCACCAGCGCCUCUGUCUUCAUAUCCAGCCGACCCUCCUCACGUGUCCUGGGCUCUCUCUCUCGCUCCCUCUCUCUCUCUCACAUGACCGAGUGUUUGUUCCCGUGAUCACGACUUCCAUCCCCGUCGAGGAACCGAAUAUCACUUUCUCCUCCAACCCUGAUGGAUAUACAGGAACACAGUCUGGACACCGAAAGCAGCCAAUCAAAACAAGAAGAAGAGGAGGGUGUGGGCAUAUCUGGAGUGGGAGAGGAGCAGACGGCUGCGUUUGUCGACCACAACAUCCAGUACCAGUUCCGCCCCGAAGGCUCGCAGGUGACCUAUCGCGUCGUCGCGGUAGCGGAGCCACAGCCGGAGACGAGGGACAACACGGCGGUGAGCGUCGUUUCCACGGCAACCUUCGCCGGGGCUCCCCAGAACACCUUCAGCGAUGUCAGCCCAGUCGGUGGGGAGGCGCGCUUCACGUAUUUUCCCGCCGCGGCAGUGAGCGAUGUCCACGCGACCUCCGACCCCUCUCUGACGCCGGCCGGAGGUCAGUUCUAUGUGAUGAUGAGUCCGUCUGAUGUCAUCCCCGCCGCCGGCAGGAACCUAACGUCUCACGCGUACUCUCCAGAAGACGGCGCUGAUCUACAUGACGCAGCCUGGAAGAUGGAGGGGGCGCGGACCCCGCGUGACCAGAAGAGGAGAGCGCAACAUAACGAAGUGGAGCGGCGGCGCAGAGACAAGAUCAACAACUGGAUCGUCAGCUUGUCCCAGAUCAUCCCCGACUGUACGCUGGACAGCACCAAGACCGGCGCGAGUAAAGGCGGUAUCCUCUCCAAGGCGUGUGACUACAUCACGGACCUGCGGAAGAAGAACCAGCAGCUGGCGCAGGACCUGAAGGAGAUGGAGCGCAUCCAGACGGACAACCAGCUCUACAGACAGCAGGUCGAGGAGCUGAGGAGUGAGAACGCCCUGCUCCGGGCCCAGCUGCAACACAACGGCAUCCAGAUCGAGGGCGACACGCCCCCGCAGUGAGGCCCCGCCCGCCCUGACAUCACCGUGACAACGAGGCCAGCAGCAGCAGCAGAGCCUGAGGCGACAGGCUGACACACCAGACUAUGAGGAACAGCACUCCCCUCGUCCUCAACUCAACCAGACUCCAGCCAGCCGGUCUCCGCAGCCCGGCUCCUGUUCCCCACCCUGCCGGCUCGCCCUCCCCCACCUCGAACCCUUUCCCUCCUACGACUCCUGGAGAAGCAGAAGCAGGAUGUGGAGGAGGGGAUCAACUCCACAACCCCCCCCCCCCCCCUCCCUUCUACUCUUCCACCCUCUCCCAUCCCUCAGCUCCUCCUCCCCACCCCCUCUUCACUCCUCCUCCGCCCCCCCCCACACCAGAGCAUCUCUGCCGAUAUCACCGUGGACUCAUGGACUUGUGGUGUGUUACUAAGUAUGUUUUAUUUGUUUUUUAUUAUAUAAUGUUUUAUUUUUUACCUCCAUAUUAUCAAUUUCCUACAGGUUUAUUUUCAGCUUUUCUUGGUUUAAUUUAUUAGUCGCUUGUUGGCACAGUAGCAGCUGGAGAAGCUGUUUGUGUAUCAGAACGCUGUUUCGUGGCCACAGCUAAUGUCUAGAUAGAGCUACAUGCUAACACUGCUAAAGGCUAACGCUCUUGUACCAUCGGGUUGAGGAGCCUCACACACCUGCUCUAAACACACUGAUCAAUAACUGAUUAACUCUAUGCUGGCCUUUGGUUGUAAAGCUAACGUAACGUGUAGACCCCCCCCCCCCCCCCCCCCCCCAAAUUUGUUAGGGUUACUGGACUUUGGGGCUCAGAACCCGGUCGGCACAACACCGUGCGUGUUCCAAGCUCUCCAGGAUGAAGGGGGUUAGAACAGAGAAGUGCAAGGUCAUGGAAGCCUGCUCCCAAGGUCGCAGAUGUUAACAGAGUGAUGGAGGGAACUAAAUAAAGGUGAGCUUUUGUUCUUACAACUGAAGGGAACAAAUCCCAGCUGUUGGCUCUAUUUUAGUCUCGCAAUACUUCAAAUACUUCAAGUGCUACCGAGCGACCCCCUGGGGAAUGGUGGUGCUCAAACACUUUCUGCCCCAGCACGGAGGAGAAGGAGAUGAGGAGAAAUCUCAUCCGCCAA